CUCACACACCAUAACUCCCCAAACGGCGACGUGUUGAGAGGGAGGGAAAAGCUGGGCAGCGGUGACAAUUUCAGCCGAAAUGGAAGAACUUGACAGCCUGUUUUAACAAAUCCAGCGGUCUUUACUGGGCAUGCUCCACGGGCAGGGUGUGAAGAAGCUGUGAAAAGAUAAUUUGGCUGUUUUGAGGGCGCUCUUUUUUUUAUUUGUCGCCCCUCCAUCUCUUCCUUGUGUGGCAUUGCCACAUAUUCAAGAAAGAAGACCUCUCACAGCAGAUAACGGGGAGGAUGUUUUCUUAUUGAAGCUCACGGCUGAAUCAAACAAAGAAUGACUGCGUGAAUGGGGAAAAAACAAAAAAGUAUUAGCCUACCCCUGCUGGCAAAUAGAGCAUCUGCUAAAGCUGCCGAGACAAAGAGUUAGAUCUAGUGGCGGUGUCCUUAAACGGAGAGAGCGGAUUGAGUGUCGGGAGGGAAGGAGGUGAGCUGGUAGGCAACAGAGGAGGGGACUGACGGAGAGUCUCCAGGAGCUGCUGGAUCAGGCGCUGUCCGCUCAGCACCACCGCAGUCACCUUGCUGUGAAAGUCAUAAACGCUCAGACUGAUUGAUCUACACUAUUAUUGCAUCCUGGGAGCCCAAUGCACUGGAUUUGUAUUGGUGGCCGUAGAAAAAUUGCCAGCUUUUGUCCUUUUAUCGCAGCAUCUUGGAUUUACCGAUGAUGUGACGUCCAUUCUUAAUGUGAUGCCAUUGGCUGCAAUCGUUUUGGAUUUCGAUUCUGCCCUCCAGUGAGUCUGACAGCUAUAAAGCGUUUAUGAUCUCCGGUGCAUGACAGGUGCUUGCAGAAAUACUGAGUCGAGCUAAUCUGGUGUAUUAGAGGGAAUGUAGCCUGAUGCAUGUCAAGCAUCCCUUCUUUCACAGUUGGUAAGGAGAGACCGAUUGUUCUGUACGCUGUGUUACUCUCAUAAUUGUGUGUGUGUUGUGUGUGUGUGCGUGUGUGUGCGUGUGUGUGUGUGUGUCUCCCUCUCUCCCUCUUCCUCUGGCCCUUGCUGUGCAUGUGUUGCACGGUGCGCUUAGACUUACCGUUGUGAUGAAGGGAACUUAUUGGAGAAAUGCCUAAGGGACGCAAUGGGCUUGAGCGACGACAAGGAUCGCAUUGUGAUAAACGUGGGAGGGAUCAGACAUCAGACAUACCGCAGCACCCUGCGCACGCUACCUGGCACUCGCUUGUCCUGGCUGGCCGAGCCUGAUGCACCCAACCACUUUGACUAUGAUGCCAAGAUCGAGGAAUUUUUCUUCGACCGCCACCCUGGCGUUUUUGCACAUAUCCUCAAUUACUACAGGACAGGUAAAUUGCACUGCCCUGCUGAUGUCUGCGGCCCCCUGUAUGAGGAGGAGCUGGCCUUCUGGGGCAUUGAUGAGACAGACGUGGAGCCAUGCUGCUGGAUGACCUAUCGUCAGCACCGGGAGGCAGAGGAGGCCCUUGAUAGUUUCGGCGGGGGUACCCUGCUAGACCUGGGUAAUGAUGAUCCAGAGCCAGAGGCAGAGCACGCCGAGGGGGACGAUGUGGAUGAAAUGACGAGGAGGCUGGCGCAGGCAGACUGCCCUGAUGCCAGGCAUGGGAGCUUGUGGAGCCGGUGGCAGAAACGUGUAUGGGCUCUGUUUGAGGACCCUUACUCCUCUAGAUAUGCAAGGUGGGUGGCUCUCGCUUCGCUGUUCUUUAUUCUGGUGUCCAUCACCACCUUCUGUCUGGAGACCCAUGAGGCCUUCAACCCCAUCAUCAACCGCACUGAGGUGGAACUGGUGGACAACGUGACAGUGGAGCAUACCUACCCGGAGGUUGAGACCGUGGCCUACCUCACCUACAUUGAGGGCGUUUGUGUGGUGUGGUUCACAUUUGAGUUUCUAAUGCGAAUAACUUUCUGUCCAAAUAAACUUGACUUCAUUCGGAAUGCCCUGAAUAUCAUCGACUUCGUGGCCAUCCUGCCCUUCUACCUAGAGGUAGGCCUCAGCGGACUCUCCUCCAAGGCAGCUAAGGAUGUGCUGGGUUUUCUGAGAGUGGUGCGCUUUGUGCGGAUCCUGCGUAUCUUCAAGCUGACCCGUCACUUUGUUGGGCUGAGGGUGCUGGGCCACACAUUGAGGGCCAGCACCAACGAGUUUCUGCUUCUUAUCAUCUUCCUUGCUCUCGGCGUCCUCAUUUUUGCCACUAUGAUCUACUACGCUGAACGAAUUGGGGCUAAUCCUAACGACCCUCGAGCCAGUGAUCACACACACUUCAAGAACAUCCCCAUUGGAUUCUGGUGGGCUGUGGUGACCAUGACUACCCUCGGCUAUGGAGACAUGUAUCCUCAGACAACUUCCGGCAUGCUGGUUGGAGCCUUGUGCGCCCUGGCAGGUGUGCUGACCAUCGCCAUGCCUGUCCCUGUGAUUGUCAACAACUUUGGAAUGUAUUACUCACUGGCCAUGGCGAAACAGAAACUACCAAAGAAAAAAAAUAGGCAUAUCCCACGGGCACCCCAGCCAGGUUCUCCUAACUACUGUAAGUCAAGCAUCAGCUCACAACAUCAGAGCCCCAUACCCCAUGACGACGUAUUCGAGAUAAAGUUUCAAGAUUCCAAACUGAACGGCGAGGCAGCUAAUGCAGCUCUGGCCAAUGAAGAUUGCCCUCACAUAGACCAGGCUAUUUCUCCUGAGGAAAUCUUCAGCCCCAGCGAGAGGGAGCGGCCCUGCUUCCUGGUCACCACUGCCGAACGUCCCAACCACACAGGGGGGAGAGUGAGGAGGGAGACCCAGCGACAGCACCGGAGCAGACAACCAACAGAAUCAGUUUGUGUUAUGAACCAUGGUGUACCAACCACUAUGUGUAUGACCCAUAAUGGCCCAUCCCCCACCUGAUAGUGCUGUAGCGUUGUUGUGUGUAUUACUUAGUAUUUUUAAAUAGGUGUGACAGUGACAACCUGUACAUCACAAACUCAGCAUAGAUGUAGCACUGAGGAAGUUUUGUUGUCAAGCCUUAUGUAGAUCAGUAUCUGUGACUGGUUACUGUGUUGUAAUUUGUGUGCCUAUUUUUGGUGUGUGCCAGUGCUGUAUAUACGCUUUUGUGUGCUGAAGUUGUGUAUACCAAUGUUUUCUGAGUGAUCAUCAAAUAUGUGUGUUUCUGUUGAAAAGAAAAAAAAAUGUUGCUCCGACUUUAUCACCCCCAGCAAAAACCUGUCACUUGUCAUGUCAGCCAGGCUAACCAGUUGGAAACAAGUCAUUAACUUUGCACUGUCAUGUCACAUCCAAAUAGCCUUUUGCACUGUUUUGCACCAGUGAACUUUAACAUUCCUUUGAUAUGUUUUCCAGCAUCGAAUAGAGAUAACAUCCACAAAAAAAAAGAAACUACAUUCAUAUUCCCAAAACCACAACUCCUACUUUAUACCUGUAUUGAGGAGGCAUUAAAGUGGCCAAAUUUGCUGUUAGGAAUCGGUAAACAAAUGUCCAAUUCAGUUAAGGCUUGAUACAAGAGGAUUAGAUAUUCAAUGUUGAUUUAAUAUUUAUAUCGACAUGUUUAGCUGUAAUUUGAACAUAUGCGGCUCAUGUAUAAUUUACAGUAUCUCCUGUCAUAGCUUAGAUACUGUAAUCGCUCUUAAGUCCAUUUUCAACUGACAAUCAUGUGGAAUUGACAUUUACUUCUUUUUCUGUAAUCCUGCAAAUUGGCAGUACCAAUCUUUGCCAAAACAUUCAACACAUCAUACUGGACAAGUGCCUCUGUUAUACGAAUCCGUCAUGUCAAUCAGUAACACAGCUUAGCCAAUGUAGUGAGCUCAUAUGAUUUUAAUUUCAGUUAGUAAUCAGUCACACAAACAUUGAAAGCAGCCACGAUCAGCGGCGUAUUUAAAAAGUAGGGAUGCACCAAUAGCAGCAGAUCAAAGGCACUGGCUGACAGCUUAAAAAGCAGCCCAAUGUCAUUUUUACUGCUGAUAUUUGGCUGAUUGUCUAAUUAUCAUUUUGUGAGGGCAUGACUUAAUACGCGUGUCAAAUAAGCAACUAAAACUAAAAUUUUGUUUAAAGUUGUAAGAUGGCAAUGUAUGAAAAGAAUAAUCUGUUUUACACCUGCGUUUGCGCCAAAAUUCUUACAAAAACACAUAUCAAUAUUUGCCCAUAUGUGUGGAAAAAUAUACGCUAUCUGCAUCAGCCCCCCCAAAAAGAUAUUGGUGCAUCCCUACUUAAAAAGCACACAGGCAAAACACAAUAUGGACCCCCGUAUGGAUCAGUAUCUGAAGGCAAGCAAUAGGCAUACCUGAACAAAAAAAAAAG